AUGUCUCUUCCUCCUUUCGUUCCUCGCUUUUUUCAUUCAAUGUUUUGCUCUCUCUUUAAUUACACCCAUCUUUUUAUCAAUGUCUAUCCCCCAUUUAACUUCUCGUCUUUUUCCUUCAAUUAUUUGCCCUCUUUCUUUAAUUACCCCAAGCGUUUUAUAAAUGUGACUUCAUCCUUUAGUUUCUCGCCUUCUUCAUUCAAUUUUUGCCCCCUCUCUUUAAUUACACCCAUCUUUUUAUCAAUGUCUAUUCCCCCUUUUCUUUCUCGUCUUCUUCCUUCAAUUUUUUGCCCUCUUUUUUUUAAUUACCUCCACCUUUUUAUAAUUGUCACUUCCUCCUUUAGUUGCUUGUCUUCUUUUUACUAUUUUUUACCGCCUUUCUUUAAUUGCACCCACUUUUUAGAAAUGUUCCCCUUUUUACUUUCUGGUCGUCUUCCUCUUUCAAGUUCUUGCCCCCUUUCUUUAAUUACCCUCGGCGUUUUAGAAAUAUCUCAACCUCCUUUAGUUUCUCGCCAACUUUCUUCAAGUUUUUGCCCCCUUUCUUUAAUUACCCCUGACGUUUUAGAAAUAUCUCAACCCUUUUUAGUUUCUCGCCUGCUUUAUUCAAUUUUUCACCUCCCUUCUUUAAUGUCUCGCCUCCUUUUUUUAAAUUUCUUUCGUCAGUCUUGUCUUCUUUCCUCAAUUUCUCGCCUUCUUUCUUGA